AUGGGUGAACUGGACUCUUCCAACAUGGCCACAGAACUCGACUUCGACGUGCUGAUCAUAGGCGCCGGGCUGAGUGGGAUAUACUCCCUGUACCGAAUGCGGGAGCUGGGGUUGAAAACCAGAGUCCUCGAGGCUGGUACAGGUGAGGGAGGGACGUGGUAUUGGAAUCGAUAUCCUGGUGCACGCUUCGAUUCUGAAAGUUAUUCUUACAGUUACUCCUUCUCACAGGAGGUGCUCGAAGAAUGGAGCUGGACAGAGCAUUUCGCCCCUCAACCCGAGACGUUGCGGUAUAUUCAAUUCGUGACGGACAAAUUCGACCUGCGACGAGAUAUGCAGUUCAACACCGAAAUCAAAUCAGCCCAUUACCACGACAGCAGCCGAUCAUGGGAACUGACGGAUGAUAAGGGUAACCGAUACACCUCGAGAUUCCUGAUCACUGCAAUGGGCAUCUUGAAUAAGCCCACCCUCCCUAACAUUCCCGGCGUCGGUGACUUCAAGGGAGAAGCCUUCCACACCGCCCGUUGGCCUCGAAAACCAGUAAAUCUCCAAGGCAAACGGGUGGGGAUAAUAGGUACAGGAGCCACAGGUAUACAAAUCAUCCAAGAGAUUGUAAAAACCGUGGGUCAUUUGACGGUAUUUCAACGAACAGCGAAUUGGUCCGCUCCACUCCGUAACGCCAAAAUCACCCCAGCAGAGAUGGACGAAAUCCGCAAGCAAUAUCCUGAGAUUUUCAAAAAGUGUAAAGAGUCAGCCACCUGCUUUCUACACCCAGCGGAGCCAAGGAAGUCGACCGAAGUAUCCGAGGCAGACAGACUAGCACACUGGGAAGACAUAUAUUCGCGACCAGGGUUUGCCAAAUGGGUCAGCAAUUUUCCGGACAUUGCAUAUGACCGGGAGGCAAAUGCUAUUUGCAGCGAAUUCUUUGCAAACAAAAUUCGAGAAAGGGUUAAAGACCCCGUGACGGCAGAGAAGCUCAUUCCCAAAGACCAUGGCUGGGGAACACGGCGGAUACCGAUGGAGACUAAUUAUUUCGAAGCGUAUAACCAAGAUAAUGUCCGGCUGGUCGACCUCCGAGAGGAUCCAAUCGAGCGGGUGACAGAGAAAGGGGUGAAGACGCGCAGCGAAGAAUUCGAGCUCGAUAUCCUGAUAUACGCCACUGGAUUUGACGCUGUGACGGGAUGUUUCACGGCCGUCGACUUUCAGGGGGUUGACAACACGAAACUGAACGACGUCUGGAGCGAGGGCCCUCGUACGCAGCUGGGUCUGUUCGUUCAUGGUUUUCCUAACAUGAUGAUGGUCAUGGGACCUCAUCAGAUGUUUGGCAAUAUACCUCGAAGCAUUGAAUUUGCGGUCGGUUGGAUCGCUGACUGCAUACGUUAUUGCCGAGAAAACAAUAUUACGCGAAUCGAAGCCACUGAAAGAGGUGUAGAAGAGUGGACCGAGCACGUCCACCAAUGCUCCGUGGGCCUUCUGACGAAUGAGGUCGACUCUUGGAUGACAGGAAUCAACAAGAAUCUUGCUCAUAAGCAGAAGAGGACCAUUGCACGAUAUAUGGGACCUGCUCCGGGUUACAGGAAGAGGUGUGACGAGGUUGCUGCGAGGAAGUACUCAGAUCUUGACUUGUCUUGA